AUGCGAGCUGGAUUCCUUUACCCAACGGAGCAACAAUUCCAAACAAUGUUUGUAUGCCCGAGACAUCGAGCGAAUCUUGGCGAAUACUGGGGAAACCAGAGUCGAAGUUCGGCAUGGCAAUACCCUGAACACAGAGGAAAGAAGAAAGGCGUCAAGAACGAUAGAGUAGUGUCCGUAAAGAUCGCACGAGAAGUCCAGCAAAUGUUUGCUGUUAUUAUUCCCGUCGGAAUGGGUAAGGCUAUGACGAAUUUUCGAAUUUUUGACAAAUUUAGCGCAUUACACAGUAUAUUCUCUUUAAUUGUGCCCUUUCCAAGCAUUACCAAAUUUAAAACAAAAACCAUUAUACAAAGUCUUUUAAACGAUUAUUUUUUUGUUGCUAUUGUUUCUAGCUAUAUGCAACAGCUGUAGAAAAAGACAUAAUGAAAAACUAAAGGAAUAUCAGUCAUCGUGCCUUGAAGAAGACGACACCCAAGAUGAUGGUUUAAAGCCGCAAUGA